AUGUGUGCUACCGUCCAAACAGAGCCUACGAUCCCAUCCCUGAUGCUGAUGGACGGCCCCGCACAUCCAGCUGCCGUGGCGGCAUCUUGUCCGCACCGCAGGCUGGGAAACAAACCAAACGUGCUGCAUAUUAAUCACAAUGUCGACCAUCCAACUGUCAUUCUUCUUCGCGUUUCUUCUGGCAUCAAGUCCGUCCAUCUGCUCGGUUCUUGGGAUAACUACGUUGGCCAGAUCCCCCUUUCCAAAGACAAGACCUCCAGCAAAUCAGGUUCGUGGAAGGGCACUUUCCGAUUUCAGGGCAAUCUCGAGGCUGGCCAGCGAUACUGGUACUACUACAUCAUUGAUGGAUACCAUGUCUCGCACAACCCCAGUGAGCCGUCGACCGUCGAGCCCACUACCGGCCGAGAAUUAAACAUCCUUGACGUGCCCAAGGACAAGUCCGGCAAGUCUUCAUCAAAGUCCCACAGCUCCAGCAAGAGCUCGUCUAAGCACACAUCAUCUUCGUCAUCAUCCAAGGACAAGCACCGGUCUUCCAAGCGCCCUUCUUCCAUUGACGUUCCCAAGGGUCGACCUCUCUCCGUCUCGCAGAUCGUGGCUCCCAAGCCCAUGUCUCCCCACGCAACCCGUCACAUCCUAGAUGCUGACUACUGCGACGACGAGACCAUCGAGGAACUUACCGCACGCUUCGGUAGCGCCGGUUUCGACGAGGAGGACAUCGUCACAGACUUCUCCAGCUCUCCCGUCUCCUCAUCCGGUUCCAGCCUAUCCUACCGCUCGGACAGCUCAUCACCAAGCUCAUCGCUUUCCGGUUACAGCACACCCGCCUCAGACUGCAGCAACUGCACUUGCGAGCGAUACGGAAUUACUCGCAAGGGCGACCGCGUCAAGAUUGACUGUGGCGGUACCCGAUGUGGCUUCAGUGACGACGAUUCCUCCUCUUGCUCCAGCGGUGAUGAAGAAAACUACGUCCCGCGCAACUCCCGCCGAAACGGCAUUGUGGUACGCGCGUGA